UGUAAGACCACUACUGAGUCCAGGGCAACACUUUGAGGAAUCAUCAAUACCUUUUUUUUUUUUGUUCAAUAAGGUCCUCCAGUUGCUGCGCACCAGAAUAUUUCGCCUGGUCUUGACAGGUGGUGGGGCGAGCCAAACCCAACAGCAGCCAACGAUCAGCGCGCGGAAGGCAUCCAAAUCGCCGGGAAUACCUGGCUAUACCGCCGCGCAUGUAAAAUCUGGUUGCCAUCUGUCGCAGCGGAAGAUAGGCGCAGGUUUGACGAACGCGUCAAGAUGGGGUUGGGGGUUCUCGAGGACCGGGUCAUGGACCACGUCCCAGGGACGACCAGAUACUUCGACGACCCGGAAAGACCACAGUAUGCCGCCGACGGCGUCGAGGGCCUCAAGUGCGACACCAGCGGGCCGGUGCCCGUCAUCCUGGUACCGCAGCCGUCCGACGAUCCGAACGAUCCCCUCAACUGGCCGCUCUGGAAGCGCGACCUCAUCACCUUCAUCCUCUCCAUGGUGGCCAUCUUCGCCACCUGCCUCGGCCCGAUCCUCGCCGCAAACACCGUGACUCUGGGCCUUUACUACACCACAUCUUUCGCCAAGAUCGCCGAGUUGACGGGCUGGUACCUGCUGGGCGUCGGCAUUGCCGCCUUUUUCUUUGUGCCUUCGGGUCGCAUCUGGGGCAAACGCCAUCUGUUUGUCGGGGGCACGCUCCUGCUGGUGGUGACGGCGGCAUGGGGCGGAGCGUCGCAGGGUGAGGGCAACUACCGCAGCAUGGUGGCCGCGAGGGUCUUUCAGGGCAUCGCUACGGCUCCCUUUGAGUCCCUGGUCAACGCCGCGGUGGGGGACUUGUACUACGUUCAUCAACGCGGAAUCCGCAUGGCCUUCACAAACCUCGCCGUCUUUGGCGGCGCCUUCUUCACCCCCAUUCUCGUCGGCAAGAUUACCAACACCAUCGGGUGGUGGUGGACUUUCUACCUGGUGGCCAUCUUCUGUGGCGCUUGCUUCCCACUCGUCUUCCUCUUCUGCCCGGAGACGGCAUACCGUCGAGACACGGUGUUGAACCUUGACCUGCUGGACAAGGAGAACCCGGCGAAUGCUCGCGCCGCCAAUCCCGGAACACCGGAAGACGCGGAGAAGUCGGGCCAGAGCAAUGGGGGGGUCUCGGCGGUGAAGACGGACGAAGAAGCCAACACGGGGCCCGAAGCCAACGGGGCCGCGAGUACCGCAGCACCGGUCUCUGCCAAAUCAGCUACCAGGCCAAAGGCGACAUUCAAGCAGUCAUUGGCUCUCUUCAACGGCCGCAAAACUGACGAGACGUUCUGGAAACUCCUUCUGCGGCCUCUCCCGCUGUUCCUACAGCCUGCCUUCCUCUGGGCUUGCUUGAUCCAAGGACUGAUGAUCGGUUGGACUGUCUUCAUCGGCGUCAUCAUGGCCCAGUUCUUCCUCGGCUCGCCGCUAUGGUGGGGAGAGGUCAAGACGGGUUACGCCUACACGGCAGCCUUCAUUGGCGCCAUUGUCGGCUUCGUCAUCGCCGGAGCGCUGUCCGACUGGAGCGCGCGUGCCAUGACCAAGUGGAACAAUGGCAUCUACGAGCCCGAAUUCCGCAUUCUGCUCGUUAUCCCUCAGCUCAUCAUCGGCUGCGCUGGUCUGUACGGCUUCGGUACCACCAUUGACGGACUCUUGUAUGAGAAAUACCACUACGCCGUCCCGUUGACCUUCUUCGGCCUCGAGGUCGCCGGCAUGGUGAUUGGUGCCGUCGCGAGCUCCUUGUACAUUGUCGAUGCUUACCGCGACUUGUCUAUUGAGGGCUUCACCUGCAUGAUCAUCUUCAAAAACGUAUUCAGUUUCGCCCUCACCUUUAGGGCUUUCGAUUGGCUCGUUGCAAGCAACACAAAGGCCGAGCCCUUGUUCAACAUUGUCGCUUCGAUUCAGGUGGCUGUCUGCGUGCUCAGCAUACCCAUGUAUGUCUUCGGCAAGCGAAUCCGAAGUUUCUUUCACCGCCACGACUUGCUAGAGGCCUUCGGGGUCCGGUAAACGAUAAGGUCCUGAGCAUUUGGGAUCAUGCGUUAUUGUGGACCGGACGUUCCUGCGUCAGAAUCGAAAACUAAGGGAGCUUGGAAACGGUCUCUUAUUGCAUCAUCAUCUUACGACAUUUUGCGAUGCUACGUAUCUUACUUAAUCUAAUGUCUCCUUACUUUCGGCGGAUAACUCGGCGAGUGUUGUCGACGGUUGUCGGAUGCGCCGAUCGACCAAACAGGAUUGUUGAGGUUCGCUCUGC